AUGCCGUCGUCGUACGUCCGCCGGGCCCGGUUCGACGUCCGCGGCUUCGGCGUCGCGCGGCUCUGCGCGCACGCGCUCGGCGCGUCGCUCGCCACCUCGCUCGCGUCGCUCGUCGCGAUCGCCAUUCUUCCGCUGCUGUGCCUCCGCGUCCGUCGCGGCGGCGGCGGCGGAGGAGGAGCGAAGAGGAAGAAGAAGACGGACGCCGCCGCGGACGCCGACGCCGCCGCGCGUCUGACGAUCCCGCCCGCGCUCAGCGCGCUCCUCGGCGCGUUCGCCGUCGGCGCGCUCCUCGGCGACGCGUUCCUGCAUCAACUCCCGCACGCGUACGCGAGCGUUCGCGGAGACGACGCGCGCGCGGGCGGUCACGACCACGACCACGACCACGGCGGCGGGUCGCUCCUCCGCGCCGCGAUCGAGCAGCGGAUCGGCCUCUGCGCGUGCGGCGGCGUCGUCGCGUUCUACAUCGUCGAGCGCGUCGUCCGCGCGCUCGGGUCGAGUUGUCGCGGGCGUCGUCAACAUCAACAUCAGAACGGCCCUCAUCAUCGUCGUCGACAUCAUCAUCGCGCGGCGGCGAGGAAGAAGAAGGACGGCGACGCGGACGGGGAGGAAGAGAGAGAAGACGGCGGCGGCGCGGCGACGACGACGAAGAGGAGGACGGCGGCGCGGCGACGACGCGCGGCGGGCGCGACGUCGCCGUCGCCGCCGCCGCCGGCUGCGCGCGCGCGGCGGGUCGCGGAAGAAGCGUUCGACGACGACGACGACGACGACGACAACCUCCACGUCCUCCUCGCGGAGGAGAAGAAGGUCGUCGGCGUGAUGAACCUCCUCGCGGACGCCGCGCACAAUUUCACGGACGGUGUCGUCGUCGGCGCGUCGUUCGUCGUCGGCGGCCCGCGGCGCGGCUGGGCCAAGACGGCGCUGAUUCUCGCGCACGAGAUCCCGCAGGAGCUCGGCGAUUUCGGCGCGCUGACGCACGCGGGGUUCACCGUCGCGCGCGCGCUCUUCUACAACUUUCUCUCCGCGCUCGCGUCCGUGGUCGGCACCGCGGUCGCGCUGCUGAUCGGCGGCGCCGCGUUCGUCGGGCGCGAGGGCGGGACGGAGGCGUUGUCGGAUGGGGACGCGGACGCGACGCGGUGGAUGGCGUGCGCGGACGCGUUCGUCGCGGGCGGGUUCGCGUACGCCGCGUGCGGGACCGCGAUGGCGGAGAUGCAGCGGGCGGGGAUGGGGUGGAGGGGGGAGGUGGGGCGGGUCGUCGCCGUCGUCGUCGGCGUGGCGACGUGCGCGUUGGGGCACGUCGCGAGCGGAUGUCGGGGGUGA